AAACGUCAACAACGAACCCUUCGCGCUUCAAAUUCCUGCGAUGAACAACACGGAUGUGGUACCCCUGUUGUCACACACACAAACACAUGGUACCAAGUAGCGCCUCCAUCCAAGAACACUAAAAAAAAACAGAAACAAAACAAUCCUAAUCGAUGUAUCGGAUAGGAAGGGGUUAAGACGUGGCGGCUCCCAUCGACGUCGCCAUGAUCAAAUGAAUUCGCGGGUAAUUAAGUAUCGAUUUUCCCGCGGAGAGAGAGUGCUGUGCUUCGAGCCCGACCCCACCAAGGCCAAGGUGCUGUACGACGCCAAGGUCCUUGAUGUUGUCCUUGCUAGUAGUGAUCAACAUGGAAGGCGAGUCCCAAAGUACCUGAUUCAUUUCAACGGCUGGAACAGCAGCUGGGAUCGUUGGACUGAGGAAGAUAAUGUCCUUGGGGACUGCGAAGAAACCCGAACAUUGCAACUGAAACUGGCUCGUAAAGCGGCAGGUCGCAUGAAGAGAAAGGGAUGGGGGAAGGGGCGUCGCCAGGCAGAUGUUAAACCCUCUCUGAAGACCCUCCCCAAAGAGGAAGACAGCGACGACCCAUGUUUGAUCUCGUCUUCGGGAAGCAGUGACGACGACGACACAGACCAGGACUCCUCCAACAGCGGUGACACCACCUUCUCCGAGGACCUGAACAAGAUGGGGGUGGAAGAGGAGGAGCCGCAGGUGAAGCAGGAGAGUGAGGACGAGGCCUCGGUCCAGAUGGACGUCAGCAUCACCAUCCCCGACGUCCUGAAGAAGAAGCUGGAGGACGACUGCUUCUACGUCAACAAGAGGAAGAGGCUGGUGAUCGUGCCGUGUCAGACCAAUGUGGUGCACAUCCUGGAGUCGUACGUCAAGCACUUUGCCAUCAACCGGGCCUUCCUGGCCAACGAGCGCUACCGCCGCAGCCAGGCAGCCGGCCAGCCUGCCCUCAGUCCCGGGGCCGUGCCCCCCGAGAAGAACGAGGACCUGUGUAAGGAGAUGGUGGACGGCCUGAGGAUCACCUUCGACUUCACGCUGCCCAUGAUCCUGCUGUACCCGUGCGAGCAGGCGCAGUUCAAGAAGGUCAGCUCGUCCCGCAUCUUCUUGCCCGUCAGCGAGCCGUCGCUGGGCGCCAGCCGCCACGCCUUCAGCGUCCAGCGCGACCGCAGCCCCAGCCCCCCGGGACACAACCCCCCCACCCCGCAGUCCACCGACAGCCAGCCCGCCCUGAGCGACGUCUCCGCCGUCACGCCCACUGCCCCCACGCCGACGCCUAAACGCCGUCGCCACGCCGACAUGGACUGCCUGACGCACCAGUCGCUGCAGAGCAUCCAGUCGCUGCGGCGCUCCACCCGCGCCAACACCACCAGCGCCACCACCGUCGCCACGGCAACGGGCUCGGGGGAGCGGUCCGCUGACGGCGGGGCCAGCAGCGGAGGCGGAGGCAGCACGGCAGCGUCGCCCCAGCCCAAGAGACGCCUGGUGGAACCUCAGGCCCAGCCCAAGUUCUUCUUCAACCUGGACCGAAGAACCCCUGGCCACAGCGGCUCCUCCUCCCCGUUGCCCCUGACGCCCAGCCGGGAGAGGGGCGGGCCCUUCUACGGGCUGGAGAACCGCCGGAAUAACGAGCUUAACGAGGUGCUGAGCUGGAGGCUGACCCCGGACAACUACCCCACGAGCGACCAGCCCCCGCCUCCCUCCUACCUGUACGGGUCCCAGCACCUUCUGCGGCUCUUUGUGAAGCUCCCUGACAUCCUGGGCCAGAUGCACAUCCCCGAGAGGAACCUCCGUGCCCUCAUCAAACACCUGGAGCUGUUCCUCAGGUUCCUGGCCGAGUUUCACGAGGACUUCUUCCCGGAGUCGGCCUACGUGUCGGCGUCCGAGGCCCACUACAGCAUGAAGCAGCCCAGGACCGUCUACUGAGGGGUCCUGGGGUGAAUGUACCCCCUCCUCCAUCACCACCCCCCCCCCCCCCACAAGCUGGGAGAUUGGUCCAGACUGGAGUGACGGAGGAGGGGAGAAUCUACUUGUGCUUUCGUGGUGCAAACGGUCGUUUCUCUGGAGUCUGUGCUACGCUACGCUAGGCUAAGCUACUCUGUUCUGAACUGUGCUCUUCUGUUCUACGCAAAAUGCAGGACUCCGCUCGGCUACGCUACGCGGAACUAGGCUACGCUGUGCUGCGCUAUGUGGGAUGACGCUAGGCUACGCUACAACUGUCUGUGAUGGACUAUGCUCGGGCCACGCCGCGCUAUGCUAUGAUAACCUAGGCUAUGCUAGGCUCCUCUGUGAUUCUCUACUGCUCGGCGGGCUGGAUCAGCACUACCUUGCCCCACGUCUCUGCCUCCUCUGAUGACCUCUCCUCUCCUUCACGUCUGGCCUGCACUGCCUCUAUGCUAACUCUGCUUCUAUUCUCACCUCCAGGUCAGCAGUAAUGGGAUAUAGAGAGAGAUGUAUAAACGUCCUCCAGUGACCGUAGGGGUUCGACAGUUGACUGUUUGAUCACGUGGCAUGUAUUCUUUAUUUCUUCGGGUUUCUCUUUUUUUGUUUGUUGUGCUGACUUUGAGAGUGCGACGUCUAUGAAAAGCCCCACAAACGUAAGCCUUCAAACGAUUCCACUCAAUCCUUUGCACCGUUUCUCCGACACCUCCAGUUGAAAUACUGCUGAGAUGGCGAUGGAUAGGUUUCCCGGGGUACCUCCCCCCCUCAAUUUGGGGAUCGCCCUUAUUUCUAAGAGGGUCCCAAUUUACUUCAAAGCCCCUUGAUACAGCCAGCUUGUGGAGAAGUUUCCCCCAAAACGAGUUUUUUUUUUAUCCAUGCUCUUGUAUAUACAUGUCUCUUUUUUACGCUCCCUUGAACAAUUUUUUUUUUUUACAUACAUUUUUUACGCUCCCUUGAAAGUGCCCCAGUGCACUGACCCGGAGCCGCUGUAACGCGGUUGUUCUGUGCAGUAGUGGGCCGCGACAGGCUGCAAGGCUGUGGCUCUGUCGUCUGCAGUUUGGUGUUUUUCCUUCUGCGAGGACACAAGGGGUACGUUGCACUGCGCCUUGCUGGGAUGUGUCCCUACGCGCUUCCUGCUAUCUCUCUCUCCAAGGACGGUGUCUCUUGUUCGUUGGCUCUCUUUGCUCUCCUAAAGGCAAUGUCUAUCACUCACUCUUUUUAUGCUCUCGCUCUCCUAAGGCCUGUCUCUCGCUCUAUCACCCCAAUAGCAAUGUCUCUCUUUCAAUCUCUCUCCCUCCAAAGGCAAUGUUUCUCCCUCUCUCCCCCCAAAGGCAAUGUCUCCCCCUCUCUGGACCCAAAGACAUGCCUCUCGCUCUCUCCCCCCCAAAGGCAAUGUCUGUCUUUCACACACAACUGUUUAUUGGCCUCUUCUCGGGUUUGGGGUUCACAUUCCCGCCAAUGUUGUCCUACCACAUUUAGACUUGUAUGGACUUAGUUUUUUUUUACUGAAGGAUAAAAUGUGUCUGUCUUUGUUUGUUGUAGAACAGAAAGAAUAUUAAGGUUCACAUCUAGAUGUACUUGGCGAAGUAGCUUUCCUCGACUGAACUAUUACCAACAUGCCGAUUUAUGUAACAAAGGCCGUCUUUUUUUACUUUGGUCUGAAUGAAAACAUGAUUUUGGAAGGAACUUGAUGUUGAGUUUUCACCCUUACGUUCUAAGGAAGAUAGUUAUUUGUUCGUAAUAACAUUGAAAAUGUGAAUAAAGAGAUGCCUCUUAACCAAGCUGUUUUGUCUUUAUGGUGUUUAUACUUUUAUAUUGGUUAUGUAUCUGACAUAUGAUUUCGCAGGUUGCCCUACUUUUCAACUGUUUAAAACCAUUGCCAGUUACUGGUAAAGAUAAUGAAACACUUGAACAUUUUCUCGCUCAUUACCACCAUCAACGUCAUUAUGUGGAGUUCCGCGGGUUCUAAAUUCUACAGUAUAUUUCUUCGGGUUCGAUUUACGAAAUACACAUGUCGAUUCAAAAGUAUUUUUCCUCUUUUCUAUAAGAUUUGUAUUCGUCAUGGCUUGAUCCAAUCAAUGACUCAGACCUCCAGGACUUCAAAGCCAAUCAAAAGCCCCACCUUUUUAUAUAAUUUUAAAUGCUUACUUCAAGUGCA